AUGGUGUCAAAUCCCAUAUUGCACACUGAUGAAUCAUCUAUUAGCACAUAUUCAUAUGGAAAAGUUCGUAUUUUGACGAGCUUUAUAAUCCAAUUUGCACACAAGCAACCGUUGAAAAUCUAUUAUGGUCUGGGAAUGUAUGUAAUUCACCCAAUGGUUAUGGUUGCAGAAGAGGCAAUAUUUCAAGAGCAACCCU